AUGCAGGUGGUCAAGAUCCUGCUUACUAAACUGAUUGUUUACCUUGAGGAACUGGAGAUUCACCACGGCCAGGUGGCGCUCACUAUCUGGAUCGACAGCUGGACAAAAGCUAUUUGGCAAGAACAGCUGGAAAGGCAUAGGGUAUUGGUGACUACUGCCGAUGUCCUCCGCGACGUUUUAAAUCAUCGCAAACUCAGUCUGAAUGACGUUUGUCUCAUCAUCUUCGACGAGUGUCAUCACGCUGAUCCGGACUCGAAAUCCGACUACACCGACAUAUGCCAACACCUUCAUAGCUUUCCACCUGGUAGAUGGCUUCCAGAUUAUUCUCGAGGACCUAAGGUGUUGGGUUUGUCGGCCUCCCUGGUGAACAACGUGAAGCGUGGCGAGAGCAUAGAAACGAAAGUGAGGCUUUUGGAGCAGUUGAUGCGGGCUUGGGUGGUCACUUCCACGGACAGUUCGAUUGACGCCGUAAUGGGUCAUCGGCGCUUGGAAAUUAGGCAGGGAUGUUGCGACACCAGGCUUGAGCCAAACGUGGCGUAG